AUGGGGACUAUUAAUUUUUUUUGUUUCUACUUCUCUCAAUUAUCAAAUUUUUUAUAUAUUAAAUUCCUUUGGUCUACAUUCAAAUAAGGUAAUUCAUUUAGAUUAAAUUAUCAUAAUACUUUGCAAAAUUUAUAAUUUAGUAAUUCGAGCCAGCAUUAUUUUUUUUAUUAAAUCAAAAAUUAAUCUUAAAAAAUCAAAUAAAUAAAUUUUAGCAAACUAACAGACAUGCAAAAAGAUAUCUGCAUUAUUGGAGGUGGUAUUAUAGGUGCAACUAUAGCGAGGUCUUUAUCUGCUAAAUUUCCCUAGUUGAAAAUUGCUCUAAUUGAAAAAGAAAAGACAUUAGGUGAACACACUUCUACCAGAAACUCUUCAGUAAUACACUCUGGAUUGUAUUACAGCACUGAUUCAUUAAAAGCAAAAUUUUGCAAGCAAGGAAAUAUGUAACUCACCCAAUACUGCAUAGAUAAUAAAUUACCAUUAAAACACACAGGUAAAUUUGUUAUAGCCUCUACUGAUGAAGAAUAUGAGCGCUUAAAAGAGCUGCGUUAAUAGGCUGAAAAAAACUAAAUUGAAUAUCAGUGGUUGACUUACAAUGAAGCAAUCAAAAUAGAAAAGAAUUUGAAAAUGCAUAAUCCAAACUAUAAUUUCUUGUUUACACCAACAACAAAAGUCAGCAAUAAUAAGGCUGUUAUCAAUUGCUUGGAAUAAGAAUUGAAAGGAUAAAAAAAUGUAGAAAUUUUUAGCCAAUAUGAGUUUGUAAAACUUGUAGAACAAACAAAGUCUUCAAAUAAAUUUGUGAUUAAAAAUCGCAAAUUAGAUUAAGAAGAAAUAUUUGAGUCUAGAUAUAUAAUUAAUUCUGCUGGUCUAUAUGCUGAUAUAAUAGCAAAAUAAUUCAAUUAUUGUAAAGAUUAUACAAUUAUGCCAUUUAAAGGAAACUACUUGGUAGAUAAGAAAAAAUAUCCUGAAGGAGUAGUUAAUUCAUUGAUAUACCCUAUUCCACCUAAAAAGGGAAAUUACUUUUUAGGUGUUCAUUUAACAUGCACAGUUAAUGACCAAAUUAAAUUUGGCCCUAAUGCUAUCCCUGCUCUCUAUAGAGAAGAAUAUGGUGAUAAGCCAAUCCAUCAAUGGAGCAAAAAGGAAUUUCAAGAAUUCUAAAGUCUUUCCUAUCAAUAUAUGAUGAAUUUGUUUAGUCCUAAAUGCAUGUUUUAUCUCAAACAUUUAUAUGAAGAAUCAAAAAAGUAUUACAAGCCAUAUGUUAUUAAAUAAUCAUAAAAACUAUUCACAUUAUAUGAUUAAAAACCUUUGAAUUGGCUCUCCUUUCCUUAAAACGUAAGUAAUGAAUUUGAGCCAGGUAAGCCAGGUAUCAGAGCUCAGCUUGUAGACUUAAAGACUAGAGAAUUAAUAAAUGAUUUUAUAAUUGAAAAAGAUAAUUUAAGCAUGCAUUUGCUAAAUGUAGUAUCUCCUGGAUGGACUUGCUCAAUGCCUAUAGCAGAUCAUGUAUCUGAAUUAGUUAAAAACACUGAAAAUCUGUUUUGA